CCGGACUUGCCCACCCAUCUGGGACAGAUACCGCACAGACACUCCUCCAGCGCGCUCUGCUGCCCUGCGCCAGGGUGCCCGUUUGGUGAUGGAGCUGGCGGCCGCGAACCUCAGCGUGGGGAACGGGAGCGGACCAAACCCCCUCGCUGCUGAGCCCUGGCUGCUGUUUGGCAUCGGUGUGGAUAACUUCAUCACUCUGGUGGUGUUUGCUUUGAUCUUCGUCUUGGGCAUGCUGGGCAACAGCCUGGUGAUCACAGUGCUGGCUCGCAGCAAGCCCGGCCAGCCGCGCAGCACCACCAACCUGUUCAUACUCAACCUGAGCGUCGCCGACCUGGCCUACCUGCUCUUCUGCAUCCCCUUCCAGGCCACGGUGUACGCGCUGCCCACCUGGGUGCUGGGCGCCUUCAUCUGCAAGUUCACCCACUACGUCUUCACGGUGUCCAUGCUGGUCAGCAUCUUCACCCUGGCUGCGAUGUCCGUGGACCGCUAUGUGGCCAUCGUGCACUCGCGGCGCUCCUCCUCCCUCCGGGUGUCCCGCAACGCGCUCCUGGGCGUGGGCUUCAUCUGGGCGCUCUCUAUCGUCAUGGCCUCGCCGGUGGCCUACCACCAGCGCCUCUUCCACAGGGAUGUCAGCAACCAGACCUUCUGCUGGGAGCAGUGGCCCAACCCGAGCCACAAGAAGGCCUACGUGGUGUGCACUUUCGUCUUUGGCUACCUGCUGCCUCUUCUGCUCAUCUGCUUUUGUUAUGCCAAGGUUCUUAAUCAUUUGCAUAAAAAAUUGAAGAACAUGUCCAAGAAGUCAGAAACAUCAAAGAAAAAGACAGCGCAGACGGUCCUGGUGGUGGUUGUGGUAUUCGGGAUAUCGUGGCUGCCACACCACAUUAUCCAUCUCUGGGCUGAAUUUGGGGCCUUCCCGCUGACCCCGGCUUCCUUCUUCUUCAGGAUCACUGCCCACUGCCUGGCCUACAGCAAUUCCUCGGUGAAUCCUAUCAUAUAUGCAUUUCUCUCUGAAAAUUUCAGGAAGGCCUAUAAGCAAGUGUUCAAGUGUCAUAUUAGAAGUGAAUCAUCUCUCAAUGAGAACAAAGAAAACAAAAGUCGGAUAGACACCCCACCGUCAACCAACUGCACUCAUGUGUGAGGAAGACACACAGAGUUUGCCUGUCCACUUCCCGCAUGUGGCUCAUAAGAGAAGAUUCAAUGUGCUACUGAGCCAUAUUACAACUUGUCACCCCUGUAACAAUUUAUAUUAUUUUAGGUACAUUCCACUUAUGUUACAGGGAACUCUGGUCCAUUUAGGAAAUUCCUAGGUCCAUGAAGAUUACUGUUGUUUUAUUUUAUCGCUUACUUAUAAAUCAGACACUAAAAAAAAUGCCAUAUAAUUUUAUUCCUCUUGAGGAGUGAAACUGCAAUAGAAUUUUAUAGAUAUGUUUAAUUCUUUUAUAGAAUAAGAAACAACCACUUAAAUAUGGUGAGGAAUAUUUGCAGUAUACAUUUUGAGUCAGAUUUAUCUAGAAAAAAAUUUGUGUUUUAAUUCCUCAACGUUAGAAGAGGCAAUAUUAUAAGCUGUGUUUUAGGAUACAGUCUUGAAUGCAGAGUAUUAAUUUUACUCACCAUGUAUGCGGAGAUGCAUCUUCCUUCUGCUGUCUGUGUACACAGGGGGCCUCCACUCCCACUUGUAAAUAGUGUACAGAGCUUGGGAAGUCACACGAUGUCCCUCUGUGACAUGUAGACUCACCGAGUUCAUCUCAGGAGAUCAGCACAAGAUUGCGGCAGUGACUCCAUCCAUUACAAACUCCCCUGUAAAUUUGGAUUUUUAGAGGUAACUAAGUGGAACCAGGGGAAGACCUCGAGAACAACUGCUCUGACCACAGAAGAUGUGGAUGCUUCUGAGAAUAAAACUGGGUGUCUUAUGUACGUACCUGGCCCAGGUAUUAGGUACACCUUAGGUGGAACCAACUACGCAACCAUACGGAGAGUUUUAAAAAGUCAUGAGGAUGAUGUGUACACAGUGAUUUCUAUGGAGACAAAGAUGGGAUGGAAUCCAGUGGUUGCGUUUCAAACCAUAUAGAUGAAGCAUGCUAAAUGGUUGCUCUCUUGUGAAAGAAUAUAUCUAGCAAUAUUCUACCUUGUACAAUUAAUUAAAUUUGUAGCAAUGCUUCAAUGCAUGUUUCCCCAAAUAUUCCCUCUGGUAAUGUUUGUUUGGGGUUAAAGCUAUCAUACUUGAGUUGUAAAUGUAAUUUUCAUAUUUAUGUUUACAACAAAAAAUGGUACAGAAAAAUUAAAUUGCCCUAUAUUAGGAGAGCUAUUGUCAGACUGUAAGACUAAUAUAAUUUAGCAGAAGACAAAAGCAAGAGCACUUUGUUUUUAUAAAAGGGACUUUGCCUAAUGUGUACCAGUGCCAGAUCAGGACUCCGUAUAAAACAUCAAAGUUUAGUUAAAAACAAAUUCAGUGUAAGCCUGUGGCAUGUUAACUUUUCUGGCUCACCUAUUUAUUUCCAGUAACUAUACCCAAGUGAAUAGUGUUUAAUGGUCUGGGCAGAAUAGGAGAGAACUGCUAGAACAAUGAGAGAUUAUGAGUUUUCAUGUUUGUUCCUAGGGAAAGAGAUAUUGUAUGAGUGUAUAUGAGUAUUUUAAAGAAUAUUGUAAGUCCUUUGCAUGGAAAUAUUUUGUACUUUGUGGAAAUAUAGGAGCAGAAAGAUUGCAUUUUGAACAUGUUACCUCAUGAUUUGUGCGAUUUGAAGCCACUACGCAGAUGCUGGAACAAUUUUUUUGUACAUGAAUUCAUGGUGUUACAAAGACAUGCCUCUUGGCUGUGGUUGGACUUGCAUGCACAAGCAGGAUGAUUUUAUUUCCAUGUUGUCUUCUGUUUUACAGGCACAUAAAUGGAAGUAUUAAAAAUACAGUGGGUAAUGCUACCCUUUUCUAGCAGUCAGGCUGCACUCUGCUUUGGAAUGCCACAUUGGCCAUGUUUAUUGCCUCAGCCCUGCCCAGAUGCUGCUGGCCUAGCAGAGGCUAGAGGAAUAGCACAGAGAUGACCAGUGGCACUCGCAAACCCCUAAGUUAGCUAAACAUAGAUGCAAACUGCUGUAUUUUAUAGUUACAUAGGAUAUCCCUUCUGCAUGUUGCCAUGCAAAAUUCUAUUUAGAGUUUAGGUUGAGUCUACUUCUGAAAUCAGUUUUGAUAUUAACAAUAGCUUACUUUCUUCAAUGAGCUAAACCUAUGUGACAUGUUCUGAGUGAGGUGUACUAGAUCUGUGAUCUAUGGCAGAUCACUUGCCCUGAGAUGUGCCAGUGGGGCACUCAGGCUCCUGCUUCCAAAGUGGAUUUUUCCCUACUAUGUAGUUCACCAUGCCCAGUUGGAAAGCACUCUCCCUUGCCUGACUGAGUGAGGAGGUCUUCCAGUAACAUACCUUUUCUUCCAGCAUCCAGGGUGAAGGAGAAAAGUUGUGUGUGCCUUUGAUCUCAGGCCGCUGGAGAGCCAGGCUUUUCAGUGUGCUUCAAAGAAAAUUGAUGCUGUCUGUCUCUUCAGCUUUGGCUGCUUUGGUGCUCCAAGGCAGCUGUUACUUUUUUUUCCUAGAAUUUUUGCUUUCACACUGGGAGAUGGGCUCCAGAACACUUAAAUAGCUGAUGCUUGCUGUUUCCCACUUGGGAGCAGUAAGUCCAGUUCCCCACCAAUGAAUACAGUGACAUGGUCAGAAACACCUUCUUGUUCUGCUUCUCCAGGAGACCUCUCUAUAGAUGCGCUCUGUGCUGUCUUCACCAUGUAUGUGCUCAGGAACGUGUAAAUGUGUGAGGCAACUUUCUGGAUGUUUUAGGAAAAAUUUGCUUUUAAUGAAAUUGCUCUAUUUUAUACAUUGAGAGUAGCUCAAUCAUUUCCUGGCCCCUCCAGGGUGCCAAUCUCUUGUGCUUUUUCUUUUUUUUAAAUUUCAACUUACUUCUCUCUAGAAUUCCUCCUUCUAAUGUUUACCAUAGUUAGAGUCUUCCUUUGGUCCGGAUUCAAUGAGUUAGAGAGGAAGGAAGAGAUGCUGGCUGAAUUGCAUGCGUCAUGCACAGCCUCAGACUUCUCGUGACUCACCUUUCAAUCCUGAGGCUGCAGAUUACUGUCUUUUCUCAGUUCUCUCAGUAUCUCUGAGGCAGUGCUGUGAUAAUUCCACUCUAUUACCUGAAACCCAAGAUCAGGCUGCUUCUGUGCAGGAGAGGACAGAUUAACCUAAGCAUCUGCCUCCUUUCCAUAUGUGGCCAUGGAUACAAGUUGUAAAGUGUUUGUGUGGAAACAACAUUACACUGGGUAGAAUUAAUAUGCUGUGUAGCUUCAUCAUGCUUUUGCUUCAAAAGCUUUAUUAAACACAUGCGUAUAAGUUGCAUAAUCAACUGAAUUGAGCAAAAGCACCAAUCUACUUCCUUGGGAAACGUAAUAUUUAAAAUGUGUAAAUUUUCAUCUACGUUAUUUGCACA